UCCGAAGCGUCUUAUCAACAGCCCAACGCAAGGACACUUCUUGCCCCGAAAAUUAUGCUUUACAUUUCAACACGAGAACCGCCCACUAUCGGUCUAUAGUUCCCGACAGAGUAAAAACUAUCCUUAACGCACUGCUUAGCAAUCGCCAGACGCUCUUCAUCACAAAAAACCAAGGGGAAAAACAGCUUUUUAAACCCACCGAUGCACACCGAACAGCAAACAGUCCGCAAAGUUUGUUCGGACCGAAAUGUGCGGAAUCAAACGUUUACUGUUAACAGUUCUUUUACUGGUGUCACUUGCCACCGGUGGUCGAUCAGAUGGUGGGUGCGAUCGAAAACCCUCCAAGCCCAGUCACAACUGCCCACAACAGGACAGGACCCUAGAAGUGGUGUUCCGGCAUGACGAGUACGUGGAUCGAUACUAUCGAUGCGUUUCUGGUGUGGCGUACGAGUUCCAGUGUCCAUUUGGUAUAGCCUUCGAUCCGGUGCAAGGCCGCUGUCGGUAUGCAACGGAGGCUGAAAUCAGAUCAUGGCAGACGAAACAACUGGUGCCUUGUGACAAAUGUGUGGACGGCGUCAAGUUUGUUGGGCUUGGCGCUUUCCUGCCACAAUAUCUCCAGUGUGUCUACAAUGGGGUAGCAGAGUUGAAGACUUGUCCUGUGGGACAGAGCAAAACGAGAUCCGUCCAGCUAUUGUGGAUGUCGGACCACUGUGAAGGAUUUCUAACAACGCGAGGCCAGCGGAUCGAGGAUUAUCCGUGUACGUACACUGACUUUGCCCACGGUAUGACAGGUAUGGAAAGUUAUAAACCUUCAUUUCAAUUGUCAUCGUCAGAGAUUACCGAUUUAGCUAUUAUUUUUAAUGAUCGUAAAUACCCUUAUCUAGAUGAGCAUGAUGCCAAAACUCAUCAUACAUGUGGCCACACUCAUGUACAUGGAGCAUGUCCUUGCCUUGCCUGCAGUAAGCCAGUUACGAAAACUCCGUGUCCAAUGAGUACAACUACUGCUGCUCCCUGUAGUACAACUACUACCACAAGUACUCCUUGUCCAACAACCACUACUACGACAGAAACCCCUACAACUACUACUACUACGACAGAAACCCCUACAACUACUACCACGACUGUUACGUCAACCACGACAACCGAAGUUACGACUCAUUCGGAAACUCCUUCAACAACGACUACAUCUGAACCUGAAACUACAACUUCUCAGACCACCACUGACACAACAACAACCGAAACUGUGACUCAUUCUGAAACGCCAGAAACAACAGUAAUAGACAUAAUUACAGGACCACCAGAGACAACUCCGGGUGACUCCGGAGAAUAUUACGACGAUCCAUUUGUGGGAGCUGAAAAUCCAAUUUACGAAGAGUCGUUCGGUAGACAUUGGACUACAACGACUACUAAAAAACCAACAACUACUACGACUAAAAAGCCAACGACAACUACAACCAAAAAACCUACAACAACUACGACCAAGAAACCAACAACAACUACGACCAAAAAACCCACAACAACUACGACCAAAAAACCAACGACAACUACAACUAAGAAACCAACCACAACUACCACUAAAAAACCCACUACGACUACGACUAAAAAACCAACAACCACGACUACUAAACCAACAACAACUACUACAAAACCAACCACGACUACUACACCUCCAACCACGACUACCACACCUCCAACCACGACUACCACAGCUCCAACCACGACUACUACAGCUCCAACCACGACUACCACAGCUCCAACCACGACUACUACAGCUCCAACCACGACUACCACAGCUCCAACCACGACUACUACAGCUCCAACUACGACUACCACAGCUCCAACCACGACUACCACAGCUCCAACCACGACUACUACAGCUCCAACCACGACUACCACAGCUCCAACCACGACUACUACAGCUCCAACCACGACUACUACAGCUCCAACCACGACUACCACAGCUCCAACCACGACUACCACAGCUCCAACCACGACUACCACAGCUCCAACCACGACUACUACAGCUCCAACCACGACAACUACAGCUCCAACCACUACAACUACAGCUCCAACUACGACUACUACCCCUCCAACAACAACUACUACUAAAAAACCAACUACUACUACAACUAAAAGACCAAGAACUACUACAACAAAACCAACAACUACAACAGAAGAAGAUGAAACCACAUGCAUUUGCGUGAAAGUAACUACCACAACCGAGGGUACGACGACAACAACUGAAGAAACCACGACAACUGAAGAGACCACGACUACGGAAGAAACGACGACUACCGAAGAAACCACAACUACUGAGGAAACGACAACGACAGAAGAAACCACGACUACUGAAGAAACUACAACGACUGAAGAAACCACGACCACCGAAGAAACUACGACUACUGAAGAGACAACAACGACAGAAGAAACUACCACCACAGAGGAAACCACUACCACUGAAGAAACCACAACGACCGAAGAAACUACGACAACUGAAGAAACUACGACUACUGAAGAAACCACAACGACUGAAGAGACAACGACGACCGAAGAAACUACAACUACCGAGGAAACUACGACCACCGAAGAAACUACGACUACUGAAGAGACAACAACGACAGAAGAGACCACUACGACAGAAGAAACGACAACGACAGAAGAAACCACGACCACCGAAGAAACUACGACUACUGAAGAGACAACAACGACAGAAGAAACUACGACUACCGAAGAAACUACGACCACUGAAGAAACUACAACUACUGAAGAGACAACAACGACAGAAGAAACCACGACCACCGAAGAAACUACGACUACUGAAGAGACAACAACGACAGAAGAAACUACGACUACCGAAGAAACUACGACUACUGAAGAAACUACAACUACUGAAGAGACAACAACGACAGAAGAGACCACAACUACUGAAGAAACUACCACUACUGAAGAAACAACUACGACAGAAGAAACUACGACUACCGAAGAAACUACGACCACUGAAGAAACUACAACUACUGAAGAGACAACAACGACAGAAGAAACCACGACCAUCGAAGAAACUACAACUACUGAAGAGACAACAACGACAGAAGAGACCACAACUACUGAAGAAACUACCACUACUGAAGAAACAACUACGACAGAAGAAACUACGACUACCGAAGAAACUACGACCACUGAAGAAACUACCACUACUGAAGAAACAACUACGACAGAGGAAACGACAACGACAGAAGAAACCACGACUACUGAAGAAACCACUACAACAGAAGAAACCACUACGACAGAAGAAACCACUACGACUGAGGAGACUACAACCACUGAAGAAACCACAACGACAGAAGAAACCACAACUACUGAAGAAACCACAACUACUGAAGAAACCACUACCACUGAGGAAACCACUACGACGGAGGAAACGACAACGACAGAAGAAACCACAACUACUGAAGAAACUACUACCACUGAGGAAACCACUACGACGGAGGAAACGACAACGACCGAAGAAACCACGACUACUGAAGAAACCACAACGACAGAAGAAACCACAACUACUGAAGAAACCACAACUACUGAAGAAACCACAACUACUGAAGAAACCACUACCACUGAGGAAACCACUACGACGGAGGAAACGACAACGACAGAAGAAACCACAACUACUGAAGAAACUACUACCACUGAGGAAACCACUACGACGGAGGAAACGACAACGACCGAAGAAACCACGACUACUGAAGAAACCACAACGACAGAAGAAACCACAACUACUGAAGAAACUACUACAACUGAAGAAACCACAACUACUGAAGAAACUACUACUACUGAGGAAACCACUACGACGGAGGAAACGACAACGACCGAAGAAACCACGACUACUGAAGAAACCACAACUACUGAAGAGACCACAACAACCGAAGAGACUACAACCACUGAAGAAACAACAACGACUGAGGAGACCACAACGACUGAAGAAACUACGACUACCGAAGAAACCACGACUACUGAAGAAACUACAACAACUGAGGAAACAACGACUACUGAAGAAACCACAACAACAGAAGAAACCACCACGACUGAAGACAAUGAAACAACGUGUAUUUGUGUGAAGGUUAGCACGACGACUCCUAUGCCCACGACCACUACCACCAAAAAACCAAGAACAACAACAACCAAGAAGCCUACAACCACUACAACUAAGAAACCUACCACCACUACCACCAAAAAGCCAACGACCACAACUACAAAAUCUAGUCAUCACGGCUGGUAG